UCACUGCCUGUUUUUUUUUUUUUUUGUAGUAGUAGUAGUAGUACUUUUUCCUGAUUCAGUGGUCCGGCCUCCUCAGCGGGUUCAAACCACACGUGACCUUAAUACUACACAGAGCAGACACACGCUGCACAGGCACAGAACCUGUCUCCUCCUGCUGAGAUGGAUCAACCGUGCAGCUGGCAGAUGUUAUCUGUGUUCGUAUGGCUGCUCGCGGGUUCGGUGUCUCUAACAGACUGUUGUCCAUCACCUGAAGCAGAUGUUUUACUUUUAAAGGACGAAGACAACCCAAAAUGUUUCACACGGACAGAAAAAGAUUUUACCUGUUUUUUUGAAACGGUGGACAACAGGAUGUAUGAUUUCUUCUACAGCAUCACUGAAACAAACACCAGAGAGAAAUGGUGCAACAUGUCCAUCCAGAGAACAGAAGAACGAGCGUUCCUCCAUGUCUGCUCUUUUCCUGAAGAAGACAUCUACUUAUACACAGAUACACACCUCAAAGUGGUGCAACGUGACAACAGCACCAUCCUCUACACUCGCACCGUGUCUGUGGAGGAUCAGAUUCUCCUGGAUGCACCUGUCAAUGUGUCCUUAUGCAACACUGGCCAAGUUGGGCAGCUGCAGGUAUCGUGGCACACACAAGUGCCCAAAUACUGGGAACCCUUGCUGCAUCAUAGAAUACGCUACUCAUCCAAACAGCUGGUGGAGAAGAUCAUAAAGGUACAGGAGGAGCAGGUCCACAGAUUUACAUCUUUAGUACCAGGAGAGGAGGUACAGGUCCAGAUCGCAGUCAAACGAGCUCUAACUGAAAGCACAGGACACUGGAGUCACUGGUCACAAUCUGUGGUUGCCAUAGUUCCCCAAAGUGCAGAUGAUAUUUCACUAUUGUGCUUCACCUCCGACCUGCAAAAUGUCACCUGUCAGUGGAACAGGACCAAAUACGGUGAACAUUUCUACAAACUUUUCUACAAGAUGACUCUGAGUGAUGCUUUGGACUGGACAGAGUGCUCAGCUGACGCGACUGACGUGUGUUUUUUCCACGGGGAGAAAUCCACCAUAAUCAGGGUGAAACUCAGCAGUGAUGCUCUCGGGCUUGGCAGAACCUUCUACACCGAGCCAUUCACACUCAACGGCAGCAUUAAAACAUCCCCACCAGCUCAGCUGAGAGGGAAGCUUCAAACAGGGAAACUGUGUGUGACGUGGGACAAUCCGCUUCCGUCUCUGUCACCUCAGCUGGAGUAUGAAGUCGGCUACCAGGUCACAGGAGACGCAGCGUGGAAGAUAUUAUCCUUAAAGGGUCCAGAAGCCGACACCUGUUUGGAAGUUUCACCCGGGAAGCAGUACCUGUUUAAGGUCAGAUCUAAACCUAACGGAUUAUUUUACUCGGGCCACUGGAGCGACUGGUCACAUGUGAUUACUGGAGACAUUCCCACUGAUAUGAGCACACUGCUCCUGCUGUGUAUUCCUGUUGUCCUCCUGGUUGUAGUUGUCAGCUUCAUUGCCAUGUUUUCCACACACCUCAGAAAACUCAAGCAGUAUAUUUGGCCACCUGUGCCAAAUCUGGACAAAGUCCUAGAAGGCUUUCUGACUGAGAUCAAUGGAGAGAAAUGGGAUUGUCCACUCACUGAGAAGCAGUGCUCUGAGGAAACCGCCUCGUAUGUGGUGGAAGUCAUGCCUGCAGAGGACGCUUCAGCAUUGGGAAAGUCAUCGCUGGGAUCCACCCACUUCCUAUCACUACAAAGAAGCUACUCUUUAGACGGGAAAGCGGAGUUUGAAAAGGUCGAGCAGCCAGAGUACGUGACUUUGGACUCUGACAACACUGUUGUUUAUUCAGCGGAAAACCAAUACACACUGGUUGGAGAGAAAGAACUGGAGAUGGUGGAUGAGCUGUGCCUAAAACCAUGUGACUGCACCUGCACAGACGGAUCGGACAGGAUCCCACCGUGCUCACACAGUGACUUUCUAAACUGUUCCUACUCUCCCAUGGCUGAGCCUCUGGGUGGGUUUGACUGCAAAGACACUGCUGGGAGGGGCCCAGGCAACCUCUACACCAACAUUCCCCUUUAGCUAAACACAUGUUAGAGUUGCACGUUUUCUGUUGAUGCAGAUUUCCUCCGAUAACUGGAAGUCGUAGUGUAAACAUAUGUACAAACUAAGGGUGUGUUCACACAGGAAAGUCCGGAACAAGGUCUGAACCAAGGUUCGUGUUUGUAUACGGUUAGCUUGAUUUUACACUGCAGUGCUGCAUCCAGACUGAAGAACCUUUGUUGACGUAAUCAUGACCUAACAUGAUCUACGUAGGCUGAUUAGCUUGUAGAAGUGCAUGCAUCGGACGUAGGCUUGUUGUCAAUGUGAUGUAUAGUUCCAUUUAAGCAAACAAAUAAACAGACACACCUUCCAUUUGAAGGGAGAAAAACUAAGCUGAUUCUUUCGCUCACUUGGAUAAAUAAUCACGAGUGGCAUCUGUCUAAUAUGAGCCUCUAUAGCUUUGGUUGAGUCUUGUCCAAGAGCUCAGCAGUCAAUGUCAGUCAACUGAAAUAUUAAAAAAAAAUUCCCACUUGCCACAGCAACGUGCAAACCAGAUGCUUUAUUCACAACUGCAAGUUCUGCUUGUCAGGAGAAAUUACUUCCUGCUGGCAAAUGUUCGUAUCUUAAAACUCAAGGACCUUAAAACACUCA